GAGAAGGAGGAGGAGAGGGGAUGGAAGAGGUGGAGUGGGAGGAAGAGGAAGAGGAGGGACAAAGGCGGAUCAAGGCUGAGCAGAUGGAACCAUGCGCUGGAGCCCUUCCUGAACUUGCAGCCCUCACCUGUGGGAUCAUCGCUCCGCCCCCGUCGCGCCGGAUUUCCCAUUGCCAACCCUUGGCAGGCUGUGAGGAAGAGGAAGAUGCCCACGGACACUGAGGCAGAGCAGGAGCUGAGCAUGGAGAGCAGGGAGGACAAAUGCCUGUGGCAGAGCCUGGUGGCAGAGGCCGUUUUGAGCGGCUCCACAGCGCAGGAAUCCAACGGGGAGGAAAAGGCGCGGAGAUGCCGCACGAGGAGGGGCUGCAAACGCAGCUGGCAGGGAUCUGAGGGGGAAAGAGCCAGCCUGGGCCGGGAAGGCGGCCGGAGAUGGAGCCAGAGCUCGGAGCUGGUGCUCCAUGAGCAGGUUCAUGAUGGGGAGAAGCCCCACACAUGCGUGGAGUGUGGGAAGAGCUUCAGGUGGAACUGCGACCUGAUCCUGCACCAGAGGACCCACACUGGGGAACGGCCCUAUGAGUGUGAUCAGUGCAGGAAGAGGUUUCAGACCAGCUGUGAUCUCCUCAAGCACCAGCGCACUCACACAGAGGAGAGGCCCUUCCACUGCCCCGACAGCGGGAAGGGCUUCAGGCAAUAUAUCUGUCUUGUCAGGCACCGACGGAUCCACACUGGGGAGAGGCCCCACGAGUGUCCCCAGUGUGGGAAGAGCUUCAACCAGAGCUCCAACCUGAUCAGGCACCAGAGGACCCACACUGGGGAACGGCCCCAUCAGUGUGGGGAGUGUGGGAUGAGCUUCAGGGAGAGCUCCACCCUGGUCCAGCACUGGCACAUCCACACUGGGGAACGGCCCUACGAAUGUGGGGAAUGUGGGAAGAGCUUCUCACAGAGCUCCCACCUGAUCCGCUACCAAAAGAUCCACACUGGGGAGAGGCUCUAUGAGUGUGAUAAAUGCAGGAAGAGGUUUCUGACCAGUUCCCAUCUCCUCCGGCACUAUCAGAGUCACACAGAGGAGAGGCCCUUCCAAUGCCCUGACUGUGGGAAGGGAUUCAAGCGUAACUCCACCCUCGUCAGGCACCGGCGCAUCUCCACUGGGGAGAGGCCCUACGACUUCUACCGAAGACAGUUCGUAGCAGAGCAGCCCGGAUCGGAACCGGAAGGCGCCUCCGGAUUCUUCUCCUGUGACCUGCUGGACAGAGACGGGAGGCUUCGGACAGCUCUGACGACAGAUUCGAGUACAGGGGAGUCAGGAUCGGAAGGGGGGGUGAAGGGGGACAGAGAAGGGAUCGGGGGGGGGGGGGACGCUUCCUCGCGGGGGCACGGCGCGGUAGCGACGGAGCAGGCGGGGAGCGUGGGAGAAGAGAUACCGGGAGACACGUGUCCCGGUGCGGCUUUUGUCAGCACGGCGUCGGGGGGUGGCGGCCUCCCCGGAGACGCGCGCGGCGGGCAGAACUCGGAAAAACCCGCGGACAAAUUCGGCUCGAAUUGCGGGGCGGGGCGGGCCCGGGUGCCGGCGGGGGGCGGGCCGUACACACCGGCGGGAGGAAUGGACACAGAGACAGAGUCAGGGGCAGACCGAGGGAGGAGACCUGGGAGGUGGAACAAGGUGGGGAGAGUGACGUCAGCCCGGGAGAGACGGGGAGAGGCUCGGAGAGCACACAUGCGCAGAGAGUAG